AUGGUGAGCAAAAUUGUGUGGGAACAAAAAGGAGAUGGCUGCUGUGUACUGGAGAAUGGACGCCGAAUUGAGUCCGUGAAGGCAAGACCUCAGACAAAAUGGUUGAAUAAUAUCCUUGAGGCUAAUGGUAAUACGCCCCUCAGUAAACUCAAUAAAAUGCCUCAUGAAAGGAAGUUGAAGUGCAAUAUUUGUGAGUACUAG